CGUGAUCCGCCGGUCUCGGCCUCCCAAAGUGCUGGGAUUACAGGCUUGAGCCACCACGCCCUGCCCACUUUGCCUUUUCUAAUAUGACUAUCCCUUUACAUGUCUUUCCCCACUAGAUCCUAAAAGUUAAAAAAAAAAAAAAAAAUCUUAAAAGUAAGGGAUUAAUAUCUAACUCGUCUUUGUAUAUCUACCCCAGUGCCUAGCAACAGUAUUUACUUUGUGAAUGUUGAAAGAAUAGAUCUACCCAAGGCACUGAGUUUUUAAAAGAAGAUUUUUGCAAGAGAAGAUACUUUGCUGGUAGCUUCUUUGUGUCUUCUAAACAAUUAUGGGUUAUUAUUAAAGUAAGUCCUCACUUAACAUCAGUAGGUUCUUGGAAAUUGUGACUUUAAGCAGAAUUACUGAUAAUGAAACCAAUUUUACAUAGCUAAUUGAUAUAAACAAGAGUUAAGUUCCUGUGGCAUAUUUCUGGACACAAGAACAUCACCAAACUUCUAAAUGAGGACCCAAAACACGUCUAGUAUUAAAUAUUGAGAUAAAUGUGAGCUAUAAAUACAUUUAAGAAAGGUUAAUAAAAACAAGAUAACUAUUUACCUAAUUUUGGUGAGUUAGUGAGUGAUGGUGGUUGUAGUGAUUAUCACUACAACUUUUAUUGUUUGAUUAUGUUAAAUCAAGGAAUAAAUGUUUACAAAGCAAAAAUGACCACCUCUUACUACUGUACAGUCCAAAAACAAUAACAAAUAAGGCAGGCUUACUGAGCACGUUCCUACCACAUAAUUAUUGUCGUACAUCUCCAUGAUUAUUGUCUUCUUUACAGAUUUUUAUUUUAUAAUAAUUUGUAUUCAUCCAUUUCCCAACCCACUUGCUCUGGUUCAGGGUUGAGGGUGGCUGGAGCCUAAACCAGCAGCUCAAGGUGCAAGGCAGAAACCAGCCCUGGACAGGAUGCCAUCCCAUCACAGAUUGUUAGCCCUGAAAACACCAAAUCUAGCUCAGAUGAUGAGGAGCAGCAGACGGAGCUUGAUGAAGAAAUGGAGAAUGAAAUUUGCAGAGUAUGGGAUAUGUCAAUGGAUGAGGAUGUGGCUUUAUUUCUCCAAGAAUUUAAUGCUCCUGAUAUAUUCAUGGGAGUACUGGCCAAGUCCAAGUGUCCUCGAUUAAGAGAAAUCUGUGUGGGAAUUUUAGGUAAUAUGGCCUGUUUCCAGGAGAUAUGUGUGUCCAUCAGCAGUGAUAAAAAUCUUGGGCAGGUAUUAUUGCACUGUUUGUAUGAUUCAGACCCACCUACUCUGCUGGAAACAAGCAGGUUGUUGCUUACUUGCCUUUCCCAGGCAGAAGUGGCCAGUGUUUGGGUUGAAAGGAUCCGGGAACAUCCAGCGAUUUAUGAUAGCGUUUGCUUCAUUAUGUCAAGUUCAACAAAUGUUGACUUGCUGGUGAAGGUGGGGGAGGUUGUAGACAAGCUCUUUGAUUUGGAUGAGAAACUAAUGUUGGAAUGGGUCAGAAAUGGGGCUACUCAGCCUCUGGACCAACCCCAGGAAGAGUCUGAAGAGCAGCCAGUGUUUCGGCUCGUGCCCUGUAUACUCGAAGCUGCCAAACAAGUACGUUCUGAAAAUCCAGAAUGGCUUGAUGUGUACAUGCAUAUUUUACAACUGCUUACUACAGUAGAUGAUGGAAUUCAAGCAAUUGUACAUUGUCCUGACACUGGAAAAGACAUUUGGAAUUUACUUUUUGACCUGGUCUGCCAUGAAUUCUGCCAGUCUGAUGAUCCACCCAUCAUUCUUCAAGAACAGAAAACAGUGUUAGCCUCUGUUUUUUCAGUGUUGUCUGCCAUUUAUGCCUCACAGACUGAGCAAGAGUAUCUAAAGAUAGAAAAAGUAGAUCUUCCUCUAAUUGACAGCCUCAUUCGGGUCUUACAAAAUAUGGAACAGUGUCAGAAAAAACCAGAGAACUCGACAGAGUCUAACACAGAAGAAACUAAAAAGACUGAUUUAACCCAAGAUGAUUUCCACUUGAAAAUCUUAAAGGAUAUUUUAUGUGAAUUUCUUUCUAAUAUUUUUCAGGCAUUAACAAAGGAGACGGUGGCUCAGGGAGUAAAGGAAGGCCAAUUGAGCAAACAGAAGUGUUCCUCUGCAUUUCAAAACCUUCUUCCUUUCUAUAGCCCUGUGGUGGAAGAUUUUAUUAAAAUCCUACAUGAAGUUGAUAAGGCGCUUGCUGAUGACUUGGAAAAAAGCUUCCCAAGUUUGAAGGUUCAGACUUAAAACCUGAAUUGGAAUUACUUCUGCAUAAGAAAUAAACUUUAUUUUUCUCACUGACA